AUGACAGGGGUGGUUUCUAACAAAGGAAAAGCCAAGGAAAAUAUCCAGGAGAUGAAGAAAGAGCUCGAUUCGCUUUUGCAAACAGCUGAGAAGGCGUUUACGGUGGAGUUGCUGAAGAUGCCACUUGCCAUCAGGAAAAUGAAAAGAAAAGACUUGCUUAAUUUGCGAGGCGGGGAGGAAGUGGCUCUUGCUGCUGCAGUGACUGACUGUUCUCUAGAAGAUGUACCAAAUGUACCAAAUCCAAAACUGGUGAGGACCAACAGCAAAAAAGUUAAGGUAACUACAAUUGUUGAAUAUGAAGAUGCCAAGCAUAUUUCUGGAACAAAAAUAUCUAAAAAAGUUUCCAGAACAAAAUCUUUGGUUUCAUUGGCCUCUGGUUUAAAUAGCAAACUGAAGCCUCUUUCUAGAUCUGGUCACUCUUCUACAAGUGUGACUGAGGCUGCUAAGUCUCUUGCUUCUGAUUGCGGUGGCACAAAUUUCAAAGCCAUGCCAAAGCUGUCUAAAAGUGCUGGACUACAACAGACUGUCUCAAGAACUGUACCGACCCGUGGAAGAGUUCAAGGCAUGUUACUAAGAAGUAAAUCGGUUCCCCAAGAUAAAACUGUUCCAUUUGUAAACAUUCCCUUGGCUGAUGGACAGACACUCUGUACGGCUGGUGGAGACCUCCAUAACAUUGAUGUGCAACUACUAAAUCAAGAUACAGUACAGCAUAUUCAUAACUUAGUGAGUGAGCUGACUGUACUAUGUGGAAAGGCAACAGCUAAACCGAGUUAA